GUUCUCCGCCUCCUCCUUUACCUUCCCCGCCCUCCUACCUCGUCGUUUCGCCCGUCUCCCCCUUCUCCUGCAUCAAAAUGUCUCCCCCCAUGACUGGCAAGAGCAAGGAGUCCGGCACGGCCCGUGUACUUGGUUCUGGGACCUCAGGGAUUGCUGAGCUCUUGGUUUUCCACCCGGUGGACACCAUUGCGAAGCGUCUCAUGAGCAACAAAGCGAAGGUGUCCAUGGCCACCCUACAGCCCAUCAUCUUCCGUGACUACGCGACCGCGCCCUUCGGGAAGAAGUUCUUCUCCCUCUUCCCCGGUCUUGGGUACGCCGCGGGCUACAAGGUCGCGCAGCGUAUAUACAAGUUCGGCGGCCAGCCCUGGUUCAACGACAUUAUCACGCGGAACUACAAGGAGAAGUUCACGAGCGCGUUCGGCGAGCGGAAUGGGAAGCUCAUGAUCCAGGCCACGGCUGGCAGCUUGACGGGCAUUGGUGAAGUGGUCCUGCUUCCCCUCGACGUGCUGAAGAUCAAACGCCAGACGAACCCGGAGGCAUUCCGUGGUCGCGGUGUUUUCCGCAUCUUCGCUGAGGAGGGUACCGCACUGUACCGCGGUUGGGGCUGGACUAUGGCGCGCAAUGCACCCGGCUCCUUCUCGCUCUUCGGUGCCGCCGCCUUCACGAAGGAUUACGUCCUCGGCGUCAAGGACUACUCUAAGGCCACAUGGGGCCAAAACUUCGUCGCGUCGAUCGCAGGCGCGGUCGCUUCGAUCACUGUUGCCGCCCCCCUCGACACCAUCAAGACCCGCAUCCAGAACGCCAACUUUGAGAACAAGGUCUCCGGUGUCACCGUCAUCAAGGACCUCCUCAAGGAUGAGGGCGCGUCUGCGCUGUUCAAGGGUCUCACGCCGAAGAUCUUGGUCGUCGGCCCGAAGCUCAUUUUCAGCUACACCCUCGCGCAGUCGCUCAUCCCCCUGUUUGCGAACUACGUCUAGACGGCUACGAGCGUCGCGGAAAAGUAUCUAUACUCAACUUACAUCGGGCUGCGUAGAUGAUCAUGGAGCACGAGGGCGAGGGGUUCUGCCUGCUCGCGCAGUAUGUCGUCCACGGGCAGCGCAUGGCUGUUCUCGCUCGUAGGCAGCCAGGGAGGCCACUGGCAGAUAUGAACCACCCAUGUGGUGCAUGGGCACGCCGUACUAAUAUAUUGUAUCCUAUCUACAAGCUACUACUAAGCACUAGAUGUAUCGUACCUGUUAGACGUUACGCACCACCACUCAAUGCAUGGGUUCAUGUCAUUCUUUCACCGA